AUGGCGAAUACAACUUCAGUAUCGACAAAUACAAUCAAAUCGUUCAAUGAUACAUUUGAUAUUAUCGAUGAUACGAAUGAUGGGUUACAAUUUUCGGCUGAUGUAUUAGAUCAAUUUUUGUUAUCUGGUCAACUACAAUCAACAAUAUAUCAAGAGGAAAAAAUUGAAUAUGAAAUUCUUAAUGACUUGGAUUCUGUUGAAAUAAUUGAAGAUGAACAACACGAAUCCGAUGAAGAAACCUUUUUAUCACAAAAAUUAAGUCAAUUAUCGACAAAAACCAAAGAAGAAAUCGGUUCAUUCACAAUCAUGAAUAAAAAACGACGUUACAGUACUACAACAAGUCCCUGUACAACUUCAAAGAAACUUAAAAUAGCUGAUACAAACAGCGACGAUGACGAUGACAACAAUCUUCAAGAUACAAAACCCAAAGAUCAAAUGCCAAAUUAUUUAACAAUGAAUCAUAAAGCAUUUGUUCGUAUGAAUGAAAAUCUUUUGAAAAAUGUUCCAUCUAUUACUAUCAGUGAUCUACAAGAAAUGGCUUUUUUUAUGCAUCAAAUUGAAGCAGUUCGCAUGAAAAAAGAUAUGACAACUGUUUAUUUACGAUCCGUCACAGGCACAUUAACAGAACCUGAAUUGGACUUAAUUGAAGUUGAUCGACGAGUAUGGCCAAUGCAAGUAAAAUCUUUACUAUUAACCAAACAUCCCAUGACAACAACAACAACAAUGGAAGUGAAUGAACCUGAUCAACAGACUGCCUGUGAAAAAUUAAUAAAUCAACGUUUAGAAGAAUUAAAUGAAGAAAUUCAAUAUUAUCAACAAAAAUUAUUGGUAAAAAAAAAUUCUUUGAUUGGAUUUACAUUAGAUAUCAAUGAAACGAUACAAAAAUUUGUUCAAGAAUAUGGAAUUAAACCACUUGAAUUGAAAUAUCAAUUAAAAACAACAAUAGUGAUACAUGAUUUCGAAUUAGAAAUCCUUGAACGUCGAUAUAUUGCAGAAGAACCAAAUGAAUAUCAAUGUGAAAUUGCUAAACGUCUAUCAAACAUGCGACGUAAUGUUGAAAAAUCGAGACGAGCAUUAAUGGAAUUGAAACAAGGUGUAUUCUUCAAUAAAUCAUCGGUCUCAUUCGAUUCUAUUCAAAUGUCGACGUCAACUCUCAAUGAUAUGAACUUGAAUAAUCAAGGAAAACAACAAAAAUUUCUUAAUAAAUAUGAAUAUCAACUUCGAUGUAAGAAACUUGAUU